GACCCGGGAUAGAGUUCCAGAUUGGAGGAAAGAGGGCUGUGGCGACACCUGAGGGGUCUUCAGGGGCAGCGUACCUAUUCUCCUCUGAACAGGGGUGCAGUGACCGAUGGCGGAGGCCGACCACCUCUGUGCAGCACAAGAGUCUCUCCGGCGCAUGCUUGGGAGGGUUGGUCAGCGAAGGGCUGGGGCUUAAGGGCCCAGAUCUCCCUGCUCCCCGAGUUGGCCCUUCCGGGAGCCGCCCGGUCUCUAGUGCAGGAAGGGGAAGGGGCCGAAGCGCAGGGGAAGGCGUGGCAGGAAGGGGGGAACUCUGUGGUCAGGGAGCCGCUGGCGGAGCACAGCUGCACAGCGUGUCAGAGCGCCUGUCGGGUCAGGCUUGCGGACCCCCAGCCCUGCCUGUCGGGCCAGGCUUGUGCGGACCCCCACCCCUGCCAGGAUGAUUCCUGCAGUAUUCCUGCUCUUGCUCCUUCUGGUUCAACAAGCAGCGGCCCUGGGAGAGCCUCAGCUCUGCUACAUCCUGGACGCCAUCCUGUUUCUGUACGGUAUCAUCCUCACCCUGCUCUACUGUCGGCUCAAGAUCCAGGUGCGCAAGGCAGCCAUAGGCUAUGAGAAAUCAGAAGCCGUUUACACGGGCCUGAGCACCCGGACCCAGGAGACGUAUGAGACUCUGAAGCAUGAGAAACCAGCGCAGUAGCUGCCUUGGUCACGGCCUUCAGCUUCUAGUUCUCACAGCCCCUUGUGGCUGGCACUGCGUAUGCCUCCAUGCGAUUAACACCUGCUGGCCCUACCCUCAUAACAGUGCUGUGCCCCAGAUUAAUGUACAUCAGUGGUUCCCCCUCCCUGUCAAAGACUCAGACGCUACUCAUUGAUGUUUAUAUUCUAGUCUCACUUCCUCGCCCCACCCUUCUCUUCCCAAUCCCCAACUCCCACUUAACCAUGGGAAGGGAGUGUGCCCAAUAAAGCUGCCACGGACUGGGCUGUA